CAACAAUACCGACCCAAAAAUACACAAAGUUAUUGAGCCUAAUCCAAUCAAAGAGUUGAAUUGCCGCCGGAUUGGCUGAUCCACGCAUGCGAUUAUAGAUCCAUGAGCACCAGAACAAACUCGAUUUCUUUGGUUUCGCUGCUGCUGCUGCAGAUGCACGCCUAGCCCAGGCUAAGUAACUUCUCUCAAUAAACAAAAUCUCAAUCACAUUUCUCCAAAAGAUUUCACUAAGUCACUCAUUGCAAAGAGAUCACAUUAAUUUUAUCCCAAAAUUUAUCCAAAUCUCUCUAUUACAAAGCGCAUUAGCUUAUGGAAGCUCUACCGAUCCGUCUUUAGGGCUUAAUUUAUUGUUAACUAAUGGCUUCGCGGCUCAAAGCUGCAGAAGAUUUAUUUGAAGUGGUAGAUAGAAGGGCGAAGUUGGCUGUUAGUGAAUUGGCAGAUGAGCAAUAUGAUUCUCAAUCACCAGGUCAUGCAAUGUGGGAGGACUUUCCUUCCAUCGUAUCUUAUUGAUCUUAUGUAUUCUGAUGUUUCAGUUUAACAAAAUUACAUAUUGUUUAUUUAUAUACAUGUAAAACCCACUUGAAUCUUAUAAUGAUACACAUGAACUCUCUCCACCAUCUUUUUCUUCUUGGCUUCCGAAAAUCCUCAACUUUCAAAAACCUAACCAUUUCCUGUCAUCUCAAUCACAGUCUUGCUUUCUUCUCUGCAUCUUCCGAUGCUCAAACUCCACCUUUACCCCAAUCAGCUCAAGACAUAGCCAAAUGGGCAGCAACCCAAUCAUCAAAUUGCACCACUUUACGAGAUUUGAACCAAAUUUAUGCCCAUAUUAUCUGUAGCGACUUGCUUCAUUUUUAUUCCGCCCCGUUCCAUUGGAACAAUAUAAUAAGAUCGUACACUAGACUAGAUGCUCCUGUCAAAGCAUUGCAAGUUUAUAUUUCCAUGUCUCGAGCUGGGGUCUUGCCUGAUUCUUAUACUCUUCCAAUUGUUUUAAAAGCUGCGUGCCAGAUUUUCUCUAUUGAGAUCGGUAAGCAGCUGCAGUCCGUUGCUAUAAGGCUUGGUCUUGAGUCCAAUGAGUAUUGUGAAAGUGGUUUCAUUAGCUUCUAUUCUAAAUCUGGUGAUAUUAAGAAUGCGUAUAAGAUGUUUGAGGAAAAUCCUGAAAGAAAGUUGGGUUCUUGGAAUGCUAUUAUAGGAGGGCUUAGUCAAGGUGGGCAUGCCAAAGAAGCGAUUGAGAUAUUUAUAGAGAUGAGGAAAUGUGGGUUUGUGCCAGAUGAUGUGACUAUGGUUAGUGUAAUAUCGGCUUGUGGGAGUUUAGGUGAUUUGAACUUAGCUAUUCAAUUGCAUAAAUAUGUUUUUCAUGCUAAUGUUUUUGGGAGAACAAAUAUUUUAGUGAUGAAUUCACUUAUUGACAUGUAUGGAAAAUGUGGUAGAAUGGACUUAGCAAGAAGAGUGUUUUGUACAAUGGGUGAAAAAAAUGUGUCUUCUUGGACAUCUAUGAUAGUAGGUUAUGGAAUGCAUGGGCAUGUCAAUGAAGCUAUUGAAUACUUCCAUUGCAUGAGAGAGGCUGGUGUUAGGCCUAAUCAUGUGACUUUCAUUGGUGUAUUAAGUGUUUGUGUUCAUGGUGGCAAGGUACAAGAAGGGAAGCAAUUUUUUGAAAUGAUGAAGAAUGUUUAUGGGAUAACGCCCCUGAUGCAACAUUAUGGGUGCAUGGUGGAUUUGCUUGGGCGAGUUGGGUUGCUUGAAGAGGCUAGAGAGACUGUGGAAGGGAUGCCAAUGAAGCCAAAUGUGGUAAUUUGGGGGUGUUUGAUGGGUGCUUGUGAGAAAUAUGGAGAUGUGAAGAUGGGCGAGUGGGUGGCUAAGCAUUUAUACGAGUUGGAACCUUGGAAUGAUGGGGUUUUUGUUGUUUUAUCCAAUAUAUAUGCUAGUAAAGGUUUGUGGCAAGAUGUUGAAAGAGUGAGAGUUGGUAUGAAGCAGCAAAGACUUGCUAAAAUCCCUGCUUAUAGUGUGGCAACAAGUUCAAAUUGAAGCCUUUUUUCUUUUUCUGAAAAAAAGAAGGAUUUCAAACCUCCAGUGAAGUUGAUGAUAAGACUUAUAAUGAAAAAUAAUUAAAUUAAUUAACAGUAGAAGAAAAACAUUUGCAUCAUUGCUGGAUUCUGCAGGAAAUUGUGCAUAAUUUAGAGAAAGAGUCUUAAGCACAACUUCUUGAUGAUC